AUGGCAGAUUUUCUAAUUAUUAUUAAACGAAAAUCAAGAAUUGAUCACUUGUUCAAAAGUAUUUCCUAAUUUUUUUUAAGUAGUUAGGAAUUCGAAAUUAAUAUAAUAUAAAUCCCUAACUAUUCCUAAACUCCAACCUUUAACUUAAAAUCAGGUUUUAGAAUUACAGACAUAGAUGGCAUUCGACAAAGCAAUAUCAUAUGAUUGCAUAAUUCAUCAGAUGAUAAAGAAUUGUUAACGGAAACUUCUUAUGGAUAUUUGA